AUGGCUACAUCCAAAUACAAAGCUCAGAUUCCUUUCCGUACCAAAGGCCAAACUACCUGUACACACCACAAGGGGAGAAAACUAGACCUUUACUGUGAAGAAUGUCAAGUUCCUGUUUGCAUCAAGUGGGUAUCUACUGUACAUAAGAGUCACCCUUUGUGUGACCUUAGUGAAAUUACUCAUCAAACUGAACAGAACAUUCAAAGCUUUAUAGACAAAACUGAGAAAGUGGACCUUGUACAAAUCGACCAGUACAUCACUUCUACUGAUAGACAUCUAAAGGACAAUGCUAGCAUCUUUGAGAAUUUUUCACAACAGUUAAAGAUACAAACAAACAACUUAAAAGAAGAUCUGGACCUGCUAACAACUCAGACUCUGUAUCUCUAUAAACAAAUAGAGGAAGAUAAUACAAAGCUACUCCAAACCUACAAACAGGAUCUGGAAAUGCACAGCACUCAGCUAAAACAUCAGGUGCAAGAAUGUAAGGUAGCCCUUCAGCGUGGCUCUGACAUACAAAUAUACGACAAAGGGUGUGAGACUCAAUUUCCAGUCACUCUCCCUGUAAAACCUGCCCUGAGUACUGCUAGCUUCAGUCCAAACAAAAAUCCUCAGGGUCACCAUGAAAAGCUUUCGGGGAAGUCAUAA